AUGAGGCUGGGGUUCCCGCCGGGUUCCCAACCCUGCCUGCUCGCGGCCCCCUGCCCGUUGCCCCUCCCUUCUCGGCCCUGUGAGUCCAUGCCUGGCUUCCAUCAGUGGCCUGGUGAGCCUCCCCAUUACGCUCCUGAACCAGACCUCAUGGGGGAAGGCUUUGGCCGUGGUAUGGGGCAGAGGAGGAGCAAAGAGACACAGCUAGACUGGGAAGCUGAGAGCCUGGGCUGUUAUCCAACAGAAGCUGAACCCGCCAGCCCACCCCAGGGCCCCCAGUCCCUCCCAGCCAGCCCUUCCCCGUGUUCAGCCUCGUGGGGCUGGACGGAUACCAACCAGCUCCCCACCCUCUGCCUCACUUCUACCAAGAAAGGAGCAGGGCCACCCCGUGGACCUGCGCCCAGGGGUUGCCCAAGGUCAAUCAGGACUUUUUUUUUUAACCAAUUUAUAUCAUGGUCCUAA